AUGGCGCCCUCCACCUCGUCGGCCGCCACGCUCCUCCACAUCCCGGGCCUCCCUCCCCGCGGGCCCCAGCGCGGCGGGUGCUGGGGCCAGCCGCGGCGGCGCCACGCGGCCGUGCGGUGCAGCAGCUCCUUCUCGUUCGCGCCCGUGGAGACGGCCAGGAUAAAGGUCGUGGGCGUCGGGGGCGGCGGCAACAACGCCGUCAACCGCAUGAUCGGCAGCGGCCUGCAGGGUAUCGAGUUCUAUGCUAUCAAUACAGAUUCCCAGGCUCUUGUGAACUCGCAAGCGCAACAUCCUCUGCAAAUUGGUGAACAGUUGACUCGUGGGCUGGGUACUGGUGGGAAUCCUAAUUUGGGAGAACAAGCUGCCGAGGAAUCAAGGGAAGUGAUCGCCAAUGCCCUGAUAGACUCGGACCUUGUCUUCAUAACAGCUGGGAUGGGAGGUGGUACUGGAUCGGGUGCUGCUCCAGUUGUUGCCCAGAUAGCAAAGGAAGCGGGUUAUCUUACGGUUGGUGUUGUCACCUACCCAUUCAGCUUCGAAGGACGCAAGCGCUCUCUGCAGGCACUUGAAGCAUUGGAGAAGCUGGAAAGGAGUGUCGACACACUAAUUGUGAUCCCAAAUGAUCGGUUAUUAGAUGUCGCUGAUGAAAAUAUGCCCCUGCAAGACGCGUUUCUCCUUGCAGAUGAUGUCCUUCGUCAGGGUGUCCAAGGAAUAUCAGACAUUAUCACGAUACCUGGGCUUGUGAAUGUUGAUUUUGCUGAUGUGAAAGCUGUCAUGAAAAAUUCUGGAACUGCCAUGCUCGGUGUUGGUGUUUCUUCCAGCAAAAACCGUGCACAAGAAGCUGCUGAGCAGGCAACUCUCGCCCCUUUGAUUGGGUCAUCCAUCGAGGCAGCUACCGGUGUCGUGUACAACAUCACUGGUGGGAAGGACAUCACUUUGCAAGAAGUGAACAAAGUCUCUCAGAUCGUGACAAGCUUGGCUGAUCCUUCGGCGAACAUAAUCUUUGGUGCCGUUGUCGACGACCGUUAUACCGGCGAGAUCCACGUGACCAUCAUCGCAACAGGAUUCCCGCAAUCGUUCCAGAAAUCUCUGUUGGCCGAUCCGAAGGGAGCUCGGAUACUGGAAGCAAAAGAGAAGGCUGCUAGCCUCGUAUCAGCUGCCGUGCAACAACCGGCGGCCGUCCCAACAUGGUCCCGGAGGCUCUUCUCCUGAGCACACGGGGCUGUGCAUGGCAUUAGAGACUAGCUGUUUUUUUUUUUGGAUCUGUAAACACUCUGAGAACUAGUUUCAUGUUGUGAUUAGGUUGGCAGCCUCCGUUGUAUGUAUUGUUUAGACAUUGGCUCGGCUGUUUCAGCACGGUCGGUUGUUUGUUUCGGCGACAGCUCUAAGAAUGCUGGCUGUUCGUUGACUGAUUGGUAACCCCAUGCUUGUCCUGUUUAA